AUGACGCUCACAAAAGUGUUCUUGCUUCUCCCUUUUCUUAGGACUUUGAAUGGAAAUAAGCUGUAUCAUGUUCACCCUAAUGCCUUUGAAGGACUCAAGCAUCUCAGGAUACUAUCACUUAAAGAUAAUGACUUAAAGACUUGUCCAGAGUUUGGAGUUCACCUGAAAUCCUUAAACGAGCUAUAUUUAACAGGGAACAAAAUGAACACCAUUAAAGCUGGGGUUUUCAAAGAAGUUCCGAAUAUUGAGCACCUCUGGCUUGAUAACAACAACCUUACAGAAGUCCCAGCGGAAGCUUUGAAAAGUCUAAAAGAACUUAAAUAUUUGAAUCUUGAGUCAAACAAGAUUCGCAUAAUAAGAAACAGUUCUUUCCAAAGUCAGUCCAAGCUUGAGUCGCUAAUAUGUUUCAACAAUGAAAUAAGAGAGAUCGAAGACGACGGAUUCAAAGGGCUGGACUCUUUGAAGUAUUUAAGCUUGAUGGAUAAUAACCUUAGCCAAGUACCUGUUUCUCUCAAAGAUGUCAAGAACAUUUCCCACUUGGAACUUAGUUCCAAUCCGAUCGAUGAAAUUCCCGACCAUGCGUUUAAGGGACUCGUUAAACUCCAGACGUUACGUUUCACUUGGGAGAAGCUGAACUCUGUUGGUCACAACGCUUUUGCCAACCUACCAAAACUAAAAACCCGACUGAGACUGGUUAAUUUACGUUUGGAAAAAUUUCCAAACCUGACGGGCACAUCUUCUCUCCAGUACCUGACUCUGACUGUCAACAAAAUUAGAGAAUUACCUACGAAUCUUUGCCAGAAUCUGAAGGAAUUGGUGGAACUAACUCUAGAUUUCAACAAAAUUGAGCGUUUACCGGACCUAUCCGAGUGCAAAUCGCUGUCUGUUCUAAAAAUUGAGCACAACGAGAUCACGUCGAUAGAAGGGUCCUUGCAAAAUCUGAAAAAUCUUAAAGACUUGACUCUAAAGGGAAACAAAAUCCAAAGCCUGCCAAGUCGGACGUUUGAAGGAGUCGAGUAUCUGGAGGUUCUGAAUCUUGCGAAAAAUGAAAUCACACACAUUUCUGAAGACGCAUUUCCACAAUCAAAUAUGAUCAAAUUCUUAAAAAUUGAGGAAAACAAAAUCACGUCGAUUGAAACGUCUUUCCAAACUCUGGGAAGUCUUAAAGAUUUAAGCUUAGAAGGAAACAAAAUCCAGGGCUUACCGAGUCAGACGUUCAAAGGAGUAAAGAAACUGGAAAAUCUAAAUCUUGCGGAAAAUGAAAUCAGGUACAUUGCUGAGGACGCAUUUGCACCGUUUGAGAUGAUAAAAUUCUUGGAUCUGAGCAACAACUGUUUUCCAGUACUUCCUGCUAAAGGGCUGGAAACACUUGAAACUCUUAAGGUGCGAGGCAACAGAGAACUAAAGGGGUUACCUGCAGCAAAACUCCAUAAAAUUCGAACUGUGGAAGCGCACUACCCUUAUCACUGCUGUGACUUCCGAAAACAACGUAAAAAGAAAGAAAGUCCAGUCAGGACUGAAAAGCUGAAAACAAGCGAGUUCAAGAAUUCUUGGACCUGGGCUGAGGGUGAAGAAGUCACCUUUCUACGAAAUAGUCCCGAGGAUAACUUAACUUCCAUCACAAGCAAUGAAGAAAUGUCAGGCUUCGGUUCUGGAAACAUAGACCCAGCAAUGGAAUUCGACGGCAGCUCGGAAAUUGCGACAACAGUCGGUUCGGGUCAGGUUAGCAAUGUUGGCCGUGUAGAUGAUAUUUCCAUUGACGAGGACGACGACCACCAAGUCACGUGCACCCCUGAGCCUGCUGACCCUUUUUUCCCGUGUGAUGAUCUCAUGGACUCUUCGCUCCUCCGUAUCGGCGUGUGGAUAGUGUUCUUGCUUGCAUUGCUUGGCAACGCCAUAGUCAUCUUUGUGAUCAUUACACGCAGCUCACGAAUCGACGUGUCUAGAUUUCUGAUCUGUAAUCUAGCUGUAGCAGAUUUGUGCAUGGGUGUGUAUCUCGGGCUUUUAGCAGUCGUCGAUGCGUCAACCCUCGGAAACUUUCGGAGCUAUGGUGUCGAGUGGCAGUUGAGCCCAGGGUGUAGGACAGCGGGGUUUCUCGCUGUAUUGUCAAGCGAAACAUCAGUUUUCACGUUGACUGUAAUCACUAUUGAACGCUACAUUGCUAUCACGCAUGCGUUGGACAUCACUAAAAAGAUGAGCUUAAAGAAAACGUACCUUGUGAUGCUUGUUGGUUGGUGUUUUGCUCUCACAGUUGCAACGCUGCCGUUGUUCGGGGUCAGCGACUAUACCAAAUUCAGCGUUUGUCUGCCGUUUGAGACUGGGAACACGAAAUCUUUGGUAUACGUUACAUCAGUGCUCAUACUAAAUGGGUCAGCGUUCAUCGUCAUAUUAACUUGUUACUGUAGAAUUUACAGCGCUAUCCGUGGCUCAAACGCCUGGAACACAAAUGACUCAAGAACUGCACUAAGAAUGGCAAUUCUCAUAUUUACAGACUUUUCGUGCUGGGCACCCAUAACUGUGUUUUCUCUCACUGCAGCGUUUGGUGGAGAGUAUGUGAGCCUUAAAGACGCAAAAAUAUUUACAGUUUUCGUGUUUCCUCUCAACAGUUGCGCUAACCCUUUCCUAUACGCUAUUUUUACUGCACAAUUUAAGAGAGACUGUAUUUCGCUGUGUCGUAGAGUAAAAAGUUCUCAGAUUCCUAAAAUAACAAGUUCGAGGCGAAAAUACUCAUACUCGAGUGGUGAAAUGAGGCGGAAUUCACAAGUGAGUUCAUCGAACGGACUGGAAGGUAUGAUAGCAAAGCUGCGCCCGCGUGAGCAGCGGCGGAACUCCCUUCCACCAUCCAUGAGGCUGAUGGUUAGCAGACCUGCAAAUAGCAAGAGUUCGGAGACAGUGAGAAAAGAGGUCAUUGUCGAAAAAGUAACGGUUCUCUAAAUGCUUGACAUAACGCACUCGAUUAAAUGAUCCUCAGAACUGAAUGGGUGCCAUGACAUGCAACUCUGGUGAAGGCGUGUUUCAAACGUAGUCUGUAUUGUAUCAUGUCUCCUCCAAUUGCAUGCUGUGUAAUCUAUCAAUACUGUACAAAUUGUAUCAUACAAUUAUUUUAUUAGGUCGUAGCUAGUAUAUCUAUGAGAGGAUGGUGGAUCAAUGAGAUGAAUUUCAACAUAUAAUAGUUGUGUUCAUUGACAACCUGUCUGGUUUGGGUUUUAGUAAGGGGCGGAUAUGUUAGUAAAUUGUCUGUGUUUCAAACACGAGAGAGUUGCUUGAAAAUUACCUUUUUCUGUGGGAUAAGCUUGCUCGAGGCUCGCAUAAUUUUUACGUUUAUAAUUACAUUGUAUUACAUUGUGAUAAAAUAUAUUAAGUUGACAUUCAAGUCAACACAGUGCGAAACAAUGUAUAAAACUAUGAAAGAAGUUGAUGGCAUAUUUCAGUGGUCCGUCAAAACUCAGGCUAGAGUAAAUAAAGCAGCUUCAUAGUUAUAUUGAAGAAUAAUAGCGGCCUUUUAGGGCAUGAUACUGCGGGGAAAAAGUUGUGCGCUGGGUUAAGGUUGCAAUUUGUUAUGAGUUUGGAAAAUAGCUGAUGGAAAGAAGAAGUUGAAACUUUCGAAAAUUCCUGAGAAAAAUCCUCAGUUCUCAUAAAAUAGUAGAAAUCUUGAAACUGAAAAUAACUCAGUCGCUCGGGCAAAUUUACGCGCAACUUUAUCUCUUCGAUCUUUUUUCUUAGGUUAAGGAAGGGAUGGGGUCCGUUCGAUCCUGCAAUUUUGAAAAAAAUGUUUAAAAUCUGUGAAUAAGCUUAUCUCUGAAACACUUAGCAUGUAUUUAUUGCCCAAUUUAUCGCAGUUAAUCAAGGGAUAAUGUAUUUGCUGUAAUAAGCAACAUUAUUUACGAUCUUUUAAAUUUUACAUUCCAGUCACGAAAAACAACCCAUUAGGAGUUUGUUUCACAAGAUUGUAUUAAAUUAUAUAAUAUUAUGUUAUUAUUCAAUGACAACAAUAGAUGGCUAGAAUAUGCAGAGAUAUUCAAUGGAAAGAUGUGGUCCUAAGCAAAGAAUUCGGGCCACGUGAGGUAAUCGGUUAUAACAGUGAAAAACUGGGGAUGGUUGUAAUCUUAAAUACAAGUAUUUUACUUAGGAGAUUUUUCCUUACCCUUAUUUCGUCGACUUAAUAACAUUGCACAAGCUCUUAAAUAUGUAAUUAUAUAACUUCUUACGUAUUUUGUAUAAGUG